AACAGUAGUUGGUAGUCGUUGCUGGCUCUUCCAUCAUCAUAUGUUUUCCGCACACUGUCACAGGUUAUACAUACAUACGCUUGCGAGCUGUUUAAGGCAGUGCCGACUCAUCACCGAAAAAAUCUCUACCAAAACACCGUUUUAUUCUUAUCGAGAAAGACUUUCGGCGUUAAUUUUGCAAUUGCUUGACGCACAGCGAACUUAUUACUUCGGCAAUAUGAUUAUAACUCUGAAAAAUUUACAGCAACAAACGUUUACGAUAGAGAUCGACUCGUCGCAAACUGUCAAAGAUCUGAAAGAGAAGAUUGAAACGCAAAAAGGCUUCCCUGUCGAACAUCAAAAAUUGAUUUACGCUGGGAAGAUAUUAGCAGAUGAGCAGCCCUUAACAGAAUAUAAUAUUGAUGAGAAGAAGUUUAUAGUUGUUAUGGUAACAAAGCCUAAAGCCAGUACUACGUUUGCUACUCCCAAGACAAAUGAAGAGCAGCGUGUGGAAAGUGAUAAGAAAGAAGAAUCGACUUCUAGCUCAGCGACCACGCAAUCUCCUAGUUUGAAUCCUAAUGUUCAAGAUACAUCACAAGCAGCUAGUAAUGUGCAAGAGCAACCCGCAGCAGCUACACCAGCGGCUGGUCAAGCAGAAAGUGCCUUGCUAAUGGGAGAGGAUUAUAAUACUAUGGUAAACAACAUCAUGGAUAUGGGAUAUGAACGUGAGCAGGUCGUACAAGCGUUACGUGCGAGUUUCAACAAUCCUGAUAGAGCUGUAGAGUAUCUUCUAACAGGUAUACCAGCGCAACUCUUUGAGGAUCCACCUGAAGAUCCUCCGGAGGCUCAAGAACAACUUCAGGAUCAGAGUCAAGAUCCAUUAGCUUUCUUGCGUAUGCAACCUCAAUUUCAACAAAUGCGUCAAGUCAUUCAACAAAAUCCACAGUUACUGAACAAUCUUCUUCAGCAAAUCGGAUCCACCAACCCGGCUCUUUUGCAGCUAAUUUCUCAAAAUCAAGAGGCGUUUGUACGCAUGCUCAACGAACCUGUGGAAUCUACCACAGGCGCAGGGGCGCGAGUUUUGCCGACAUCUGGAGGAGGUAUAGCGUCCGCAGGUGCAACCGCAGCAGGAGGUGCUGUAAACGGUGGAGCUGGUACGGGAGCAGCGGCAGGCGUAGGACCCGGUUUAAUUCAGAUAACGCCACAGGAUAGGGAUGCUAUCGAGAGGUUGAAGGCAUUAGGUUUCCCAGAACAUUUAGUCGUACAAGCGUACUUCGCCUGUGAAAAAAAUGAAAAUCUCGCCGCUAACUUCCUACUCUCGCAAAAUCUCGACGACUGAAUCACUUGAUCAUUUGAUUUUGUCGCAAUGUUUCAAGUAAAGAAAAGGACUGACAAAGAGUGGAUAAUUGCACAUUAUCAUUUUGACCUUACAAUAAUCAUCUUUACUUUGUAUAUAGGUAUACAACAAUAUCUAUGCUAUUUUAUUUGUUGUGUAGAUAAAAUCCUGGUGUGUUUGGUAAACGAUUGGAAGACAAACCAUAACAUUACGUAUAUGCCAAUUCUCUUGAGCAUUGUUUCAUACAUAUAAAAACAUUUCAUUUAACACAUGUAACACAUGUUUAUAAGAGAAACAAUUGUUGCUUACAACAGACGAUGUUAUAAAAUCCAUUCUCACAAGCCUACAAGUGCUACCAUAAGAAUUUUGUUUUUUCAACAUAUAUGGAGCAAUAUAAUUGUGGUUUUAUAUGAGAAAGCCUACUAUAUGUUGCAAGAUACUGUGGAAAAUAUUCUACAGUAAUUAUAUAUCGAGGGUCGAGCAUUUAAAUUGCAUGUUCACUCUCAUGUUACAGGUAUGUUUUAUACAUAUCUAAUUGUCUACAUAUAGGUAUAAUGACUAUACUUUAUAAAUUUAUUGGGCUUUCUGAUAUAGAAAUUAUGGAACAUAUAUGCAGGCAAUAUAUAUAUUUAUAUAUAUAUAUAAUUAUGUAUAUACGUACAUACGUACAUUUAUAUAUGUAUGUAUGUAUGUGUGUAUGUGCAUGAAUGUGUACUUGCAUAUAUUCGUAUUUAUGUAUGUAUGUACAGAGAUUUACUUUUAAACGACAAUACCAUAAAAUUGAUUUAAGCAAUACUGAAAGCUUUUUUGCAUGUCGAUGCAAAUUGAUAAACUGUAACAACUUGUCAGAAAACAAAAAAAAAGUAGUUUGCCAUAUA